AUGGUGGGAAAAUGUGUCAAAUCAAAGGAUAGUAACAAAAUUUUCAAGUGCAAUAUUAUUUACAUCAAAAGUCUGCAAAAAUAUAAAAAAUACAGUACAAUGUUGAAAUCGUCGCAGCUUUCGCCCGCCGGUGGAAUAGACGCGACACCGUCAACAAAUUCGAAUCAACAAGCUUCAGUCAAUCAGAUUCGCCAGCGUCCUCUAGGUAAGCAGCAACUGGCUAGCUUACUUCAAGAUGUCUUGACGCCCGCUGAAGACUAUGUGCGGCCAAAUAACGAUAACGGUGCGAAGAAGCGACCCGUGAGGCUUGUCAACAAGAGGGCACACUCCGUCAGCCCUGCUGCAGGACGGCCAAGAAGCCCUCCUAAGAAGCCUGCAGACAGAAGAUGUCAGAGUUUAUCGCCUUGUACGCUUAAUAAAAAAAAGUCCCAAGAGCAAAUCCCGCCCGUGUGUGCUUCGGCGACGGAUGGGCUGGGGCAGUCCUAUCCAAUCAUGGAUACUGAAGAAAAAGACCUGGUCAUGCCCCAAUGCGUUAUAACGAAAGUGAUGCGGAUACUAUCAACGAAAAAACGAGAGUUCCUCAAAUUGCGGAAAUGUUUAGUAACUCAGCAGAACGCUCUCCUGGAAAAUUACGCUCAACUGAAGGAGCUGGAGUUACGUGUAGGGGUCCCACAUACAGACGAUUCCCUGGGCGAAGUCCGAAUAGUUUCUGUCAGCAACUGGCCAGCGCAUGAUCUGCUGUUGCUCGUUCGCGACGAUCUCGAAUUGCCUUUACACUCAGAGAUAAGUGGAAUUUUUGGUCCACAUGUAUUACAACAGAUAACUGCACAAUUAAACCCAAUUCCUGAAGAAAUGUUAGCGGUUAGUGCAGAGAUAAUGGCACGACGGAUAGAACUUCUCAAUGUAUUGAGAGGCAAACACCGCAAUGAUCGAGCUACCUACCUUACUAAUUUAGAGUGGAAAACAAAGAAUUCAGAAUUUGACAAUGAAACUGAGAAGCUACACAGAUUGGUAGCGGGCACUGCAGAAAACUUGAAGGCUAAGAUCAAUUACUCUUUAGAGUUGGCAAAGAUUCCUUGGAUCGAUAGAGAAAUAAUGACGAAGAAAAUUGAACGCCUUCAUAAAGAGAACAUGAUAUUGCAACAUAAGAUAGACGAGUAUGCUAAAAAGGAUCCUGAUGAUACUAAAGAACUUGGACAGAUGGAUAAUAUUCCUAGCCAUCAGGCUUUAUGUGAGGAGCUGUCCAAGGAACGUGCCGCCCGUGAAGCUCUAAAAGAAGUAGUGUCAGCUGCGGAGAGCAUGCUGAGAGUUGCACGCGCGCGCAUCGCGACGCUAGAGCGCCAGCUCAAGGACACGCGCGCUGAACUCGACGCGGCGCGCAAAAAACACAAAGACCUCGAGCAACUCUAUCGUCACCGAGAAACUAGCUACGAUGCACGAUCUAAGAAGUUACUUGAAGUUUCUAAAACAGGAGAAAUAACUAUUGAAACACUAUCACGUCAAAGAGAUGCUUUAGAGCUCAGGGUAAAGGAGCUCCGAGAACAGGCUGAGCAGGCGGAGAAAUCUGCAGCUGCCAAAGAAGCAGAGCAACGUGCUCGCGCCGAGUCCCUCCAGGCGAAGGUAGCGGAACAGGAGAAAGUUAAAGCAGCGACGGAAAAUCGUGUCAUCGAACUGGAUGCAAAAGUAAAAGAGUUAGAAGAGCAGUUACAAGCACUGCGUGAACGCUCUGUUAGAUUAGUAGACAUGGAGCGACGACGUUGCCUCGAGUAUGUGCCUUUGAAAGAAAAUGAGCCAUCUGAUAGAGAAACUGAAAUAUGGAAAGAACUUCAAGUGACUCGAGUGGCAUUAUCCAGGGUAGAGGAAGAACUUAGACAAAGUCGAGCAGAUAAAGAUAACUUUUUAAACUCCUUAUCUCGAAUAGCGCAAGGAGAAGGUGCAGAAUCUGUGCAGGAAAAAAUCGCAACCGAAUUACUAGAUAGGGAACAGAAGAUAGCUAAGUUGCAACAUGUUAUUGAAGAUCAACGUGAAAAUGAAAAAUUGAUGGAACAAAGUAUGACACAAUAUGAGAACCAGCUCGCAGCGCUACGUCUAGAAGUAAAACGUUUACGGAAUUAUGACGGUUAUGCGAAAGAAGUGCCUUAUCAAGAACUGCAUACGGAGCUGUUGGAGUUACAUAUGCAAGUGGAGACACUGUCCCGAGAACGCACCGCGUUGGUGACAGCCGCGGCUUCCCGCGCUCUUAUGUUGGAGCGGCACGAGCGCGCGGCUGAUCUGUUCGCGCGGAUGAUUCGCGCUCGUCGGGAUUUGUCAGCAUUACUGGACGGUCGCACAGACCCUCCUACUCUAGACGAGACUGCUCAUGCCGAGGUUUCACGAUCGUUGUCGUCGGUGUGCGCGAGCGCAGCCGACACGUGGACCGCACUGCGAGCGGAGCGCGCGCGCGUGUUGCGGUUGGAGAGCGCAGUGCUCGCGCAGAGCUUGCAGCUGGAGCGCGAGGGGCGCGUGCGCACACAGCUCGAGAGACGCAGAGCUAUACUAGAGAGAGAAAUUAUGAGAUCAACAAUUGAUGGGUCGGCGGAUCCAUCAGUUUUGAAUCCCAUCAAAAAUCCAAGAUUUAGGACAUACGUGGACCUAAAAGAAAUAUGA